AUGUUGGAGGAACUUGAGCACCCUUCAACGGCUGCCACGCCAGCAAUCCUCAGUUCAAGUUACCCCUCAACUACACUUGCUCCGGUUACAAAAGAAAACAGCAGUCAGCCUUACAAUGAUCAUCCUUUGUUCCGCUCCGAGACCCCUGACGUCGUAUUAACACAGAGCUCUGAUACGCUGUCAUCACCACAACCAGAGAAGCAACAUCUCCCGCGCGGGUCUUUUCACCGUCGAGCAAAUACCGAAAUCAUUCGGCCACGCGCUGCUCGACCGCCAUCCAGGCAACUAUUCGCAGAUCAGUCCCCGACUUUCGAAGACCUAGAUUAUACUCGGACGCGCCCUACCCCGCCAACCGAGAACUUCGCCAGGAGGAAAUUCGAAGUGGGCGCGAAACUGCUGUCGGAUUUGUUCCAGGGGAAAUCCGACCAAGUUAACUUCGGACUCCUGCACCGAUCAGGGGACCGAAAUUCCGUCGCGAUGGCGCCCACCAGCGCGAACAACAACCAAGGUGCUCAGGAGUACCACACCCCUUCAUAUACUUCGGCCACGUCUACAACUCGGGGCCAAAAACGGAUGACUGCGCCAUCGCCGCUAAAACAGGUCACAUCGACAAGCCCAUUCUCCUUUUUCGGGAUCAAGCGCCAAGGAGACAAUAGACUCGACCUUCCGGAACCUGCAGAGGAUGAGUUGCUGAACCUCGAUAUCGCCGCGGCGCUGUUUCCUCCCGGGAUGCGCGACUUGGAUGAUCAAGAAGCCUUUGAUGCUCUGCGGAACAAUGCAGAGAAUGUCAUUCGACGGUUACAGGCGGCCUAUAAGCAAAGGACCUUCGCCCUGCAUGAAGCUCUUGGGGAAAAAACCGAGAAGCAGGAAGAGCUGGAAGAAACUCGGACACGCAUCGGACACUUGAAGGUCCAGCUAGACGGCAUGGCUGAGAAGGUGCUCCGCCAGGACAAGGCCAUGAAAACUAUGGCCGAAGAGCUUGAACAAGAGAGACAACUGCGCCAGAGGGAAGAAGAUGCUCGCCAACGGAGCGUGAUGCUCAUUCGAGCCAGCGGCGAUGACGAUAGCUCAUCCGAGCUAGCGAUGGAACUGCAGACUCCAAAAUGGAGGUUCAAACGCGUGAGCAACGGGACUCUCCCCAGUGACUCAGGGUUCGAUUCGGGAGAUGAGAGUCUUGCUGAAAGUGUCUUCUCGCGCCGGGAAGGUGUUGAGUCUCCGACUUCGACGAUUGCAGCAUCCCCGAACUUCUCCCAGAUCACACUCCCGACCCCCCCAUCCGCCACUCUACAGCCCAACCCAAAAGAGCUGAAACCUCUACCUACACCCCAAACUCGCCAGUCCACAUACGACAAAGUUCUCAAGGGCCUUGCAUCGACGGGGAUUACUACCGCAUGGGGUAAUUCCUCGAGAUGUGGAAUCUGUCAUGGAGUGCCUGCUUCAGAAGCCUGGAGCGUCAUGGGCAUUCUGAAGGAAGAGAACAAGGGUUUGAAGACGCGACUGGGAGAACUUGAGAUGGUAAUAGACGACUGUUUGAGUCUUGUUGGGCCUUGA